UUGGGAUGCGCGCCGCUGCGGAUCCACAAGGACGGUUGGUGGCAUGCAGCAGACGAGUUUGGUUAAUAGGGACAUGCCCCUCGUCGACCAUGUAAUAAUCGGCUCCCCUCGCCCAAAUCAUCUGCACAGUACCUAACCUACCCGGCACACGCCUAUUCCGCCCACGCGAACCCAAACACAUGAUGCUGUCCACUUUGCAGCCAUCACACCCCUCCCUCUCGAUAACGCCGUCGUACUCGCAAUCAUCUGCCAUGUCCAGUAUGACUACCCAGCUGCCUAUAAUACCCCCGCCGCGACAGGCCCCGCUGCGCCCCAAACUCUCCAUCAACACUGAGCAACCACGUAUCCUGGGCAAAGGUGCCAGUCUGCGUCUCGAGACCCUCUCUGCUGUAUCGCCAACAGUCCGCAACACAUUUUCCAACGCCUAUGAACGCCCGGCCCCAGCACCCACCACCCCCAACUCAGCAUCCACCCUCUCAUCAACACUCACGUCCGCCUCCACCGACUCAGCCACCAGCUCAAUACCCUACAAGCAACCUCACAACCUCACUUCUAUCCUCUCCAACAGCCCCGCCCGCGCAAUAAUACCACGCAAAAUGGGCUCCUCAACCCGCCCCAUGUUUCCCGCCGAGAAGCGUGUUUCCUUCCGCACACCACUCGAGGAGGAAAUCACAACCACCAAAUACACUCUCGCACAUUCCGAUCUCGAGUCGAGUAGUUCGACGCUGUCGUCACUGACUUCGAGUGUCGAGACGACGUCAAGCGAGUCUGAAGCCGAGACGGGCAAACCGAGUCUGAGUCUGAAGCCGGCGGUCAACAUCUCGAACACCAGCAUAUCGCCUCUUCAGCUCUCCAUCAGCAGUACUGCUUCUUCAGCAGAGAGCUCACCAAGAAAGUCACCGCGUGCGGGUGACAAGAGGGAUUCUUCCAGCAGCGAAGAUGACAGCGAUUCUGCGCCCGAAACGCCCGUUGCCGGUCGACGGAAGCGGACGAGGGAUUGGAGAUGGACGCUUGGUCCCUUGCCAUCUGACAGCAAAUCAUCCGUGUCGUCAGCCAGUGAGGGUACGAUCAGUGAGGAUAGUUCAUGAAGACAUUUGGAACGCGACCAGGAACUACGACUACGAACUGUACAGAAGGG